UUCUUUCAGAAAGACUGAAGCUUUCCCAAAAGUUUUGCUGCUAAAAAAAAUUAUCAAGAUGCAUUUCUUUGGCUUGAUCAUUGUUUUGCUGGGCGUGUCCUUUGAGGCCACUGUUAAUGGAGAGGACUGCAUUGAUACUAAGACGCAGGCAAAGGAAAUUUCCGAGUGCUGUGAUAUGCACAACCCAAUCGAUUUGUCCGUUGCCGAGGAGUGUGUCGAAAAGUACAAAGAUCUUUCCGGGGAAGAAUUGAUCGCGUGCAUCUACGAGUGCGUGGGCGACAAAACGGGCGUCAUUCAGGGCACUACAGUGAGCAAGGACAAGCUGUUGGAAAAUGCCAACAAGGUACCGGACGAGGAGAUGAAGAAGGUGGUGAUCGCCGCCAUAGAACUGUGCGCUGAACAGGCUGCCAAAUUGGCUGAGGAAACUGCUAACCACAGCAUGAAGUGCAGUCCUUUUGCGUUCAUGGUUGGGGAGUGCAUCAUGCGGCACAUCUAUGCCGAGUGCCCGGAGAAUUUCUGGAAGAAAUCCGAUGUCUGCGAUAAAAUCAAGGCCGGAGUUCCAAAAUGUCCUCAGUAAAUGAGAAGUGACGACGCUAAGAGACAUUUUCAAUAAACCAUGUUUGAAAUAAAUAA